AUGGCGGAGACCGAGAGAAACCUCGCCGCGCUGACACUAGGACCGCUUUAUCACAAACUAGACCCAGGUCGACAAGAAAUCCGCCUGCUGGUCUUAAAGCCUGCCGCUUCGUCUGAGGAAGAAGUGCGAUGCAUGGUUCAGCACACCUCCUUGAAGUCCAGGCCUCGAGCAAAGUACGAGACGAUUUCUUACGUCUGGGGUGAUCCUACAGUGCAAUCUACCAUCCUAAUCCAAGAUGAACGGGUUUUGAUACCUGCUAACGCAGCAGUGGUACUUCGCCGCUUUCGCAAGAAGGCAGAAGAUCGCGUACUGUGGAUCGACGCGGUCUGUAUCAACCAGCAUGACAUCGACGAGCGUAGUCAACAGGUCGCGUUGAUGGCCGAAGUUUACUUCUACCCAACGCAAGGACUUAUCCGGAUUGGCGAAUGCAGUGAUCCUACCAAGAAAUUGCGGCGGUCGGUCGAACUUGUGCUGGCUGAUGCUGCGAACGAAACUGACAACUUCCGCUCGUUCGCGACUACUGUGCGUAGUACGACUGGUGGCCUCGUACCUAUGGGCAAUGGAAGUUUGCCGGCUGGAGCAGACAUUGGUUUGUUGUUACGCAUGUUGAACAUGCCGUGGUUCGGACGCGUAUGGGUGGUGCGAGAAGCUAUCCUUCCUCCAAAGUCCACUUGCUACUACGGUGCUGCUCGAUUCUCUCUCACAGACAUACUUCGUGUGGCCAUGUGGCUGCAGUACAAGCGCUUGCUCAUGAAACCGGACGACAUGUCUUUGCAAACAGAGAUGAACCGUGCAAAUGCGUUAUGGGCUCUCAAAUACGAUUACAAAGAAGGCAAACCCACGGGACGGAAGAUGAAGCUACCCAAACCCAAAGACCGUGUUUUCGGUAUGCUCGGUCUGUACCAACGAUUGGUCAAUGAGACCAUUCCCCCUGGUCUGCGUCCCGACUACUCUCGCUCUUUGACAGACAUACUGAUUGACGUUGUGCGAGCGAUGAUUGACAAUAGCUAUACCCUGGACUUCUUCGAUCGAGUGUCUUACCCGUGGCAAGCAGAAUCUAGCUCACUGCAUGAUAGGCCUGUGCCGACAUGGCUUCCACCAUUCCAUCGAAGACGAGAUCGCAUGCUUGAUGCUCCGCUGCUGUCGACACGCUUCAACGCACAUAACUACAAGCCGAUCACGAUCCCUCCCAGAUUAUGGAUCAGCCCAGGAGUGCUUAUCCUAGUUGGCUUCCAAGUCAGUCGUGUCGACCGGAUAUCGAGCGAAUAUCCCCUCAACGUCCUUGAUGACGGGAUUGACGAUGUAGCAUGGCGCUGGAUGGCCGAGGCGCAGACUGAGCUGGACGCAACUUCCGAAGUCCGUAGGACUGCUUUAGCAUCUAGCAUCAUCCUAGGCUCGAACCUAUUUGACUGCACUAUUCAACCCGAUGCUGCUCUGCGUGCAUACGAUAAGCUCAUUCGAGACUCUGCCCAAGGUCUCUCAAUGCAGGCACAGCUUGCGAAUGUGGACGACGACGAUGUGAUAAUGCCUGGGAUGUAUCUCCAAUCGUCGUCAAGGUGUCUUCACAGGCGGUGCUUCUCACUAGAAGACGGCCGCAUAGGCGCUGGCCCUGCGGAAAUGGAUGUCGGAGAUGUAGUGGUCAUAUUGUACGGGUGUCGAUGGCCGCUUGUGCUGCUCGAGAUGCCUAUUCCUGGCCACUACCUCGUCCGUAGCGCCGCAUACGUCCAUGAUAUCAUGGAGGGGACAGCGGUGAUCCUCCACGAGAUGAGGCACGGUCGUGACGAGGUGUUCUUCCUGCAUUGA